AUGGCUCUCAAUGUGCUCGGUCUGGCGGUGAUGGCACUGUUCUACCUUUUAAUCUUGGGCAUGGGCAUCUGGGAGGAGAGAAAGUGCAAGGGAGAUGGAAUAGGGAUGACGCUAUUGGCCGGGCCUAACAUCUACUUGCUCAUUGACAUUUUCACUCUUACAGCUACGUGGGUUGGUGGAGGCUUCAUCCUUGGUAUAGCUGAGGCAACAUACAACCCAACCCUGGGCGCAGUGUGGGCCCUCAUGCCUGUGCCUUAUGUACUGACCUUCUUCUUAGGUGGCUUUUUCUUUGCCAAGCCCAUGAGAGAGAAGAAGUAUGUGACAAUGAUGGACCCCUUCCAGCAAAAGUAUGGGAACGUCCUGAGCGUUCUACUAAUCAUUCCCGCACUAGUGGUUGAUGUCCUGUUGGUGGCACGCACACUCGUCAGUCUGGGGGGAACUAUGAGUGUGAUCCUGGAUCUGUCCUACGUCUACUCCAUCAUCAUCUCCUCAGUGGUGGCCAUAAUCUACACUCUUCUUGGGGGGCUCUACUCUGUGGUUUCCAAAGACGCUAUCCAGCUCAUCCUAAUCUUUGUCAGCCUGUGGGUGUGUGUUCCUUUCCUGUUGACCAACCCUCACUCUCUGGACAUCUCACUGACAGCCUACAACCAGACCUUCCAGGCUCCCUGGGUCGGAACGGUGAAGCUCGACGAGGCCGGAAAGUGGAUUGACGACUUCAUGCUGCUGGCUCUGGGGGGCUUGGCCUACCAGGCGUUCUACCAAAGGAUCCUGUCAGCCUCAUCUGACACCGAGGCUCAAGUGACCUGCUAUGCCUCCUCCGCCUUCUGCCUCGUGCUGGGUAUACCCUCUGUACUGGUGGGAGCUGUGGCUGCAUCUACAGACUGGAACUCAACCAGCUAUGGAUUGCCCACCCCAUAUGAGCGUGACCAGGCAGGCUCUAUCCUCCCUAUCGCCCUGCAGUACCUCAUGCCCGCCUACAUCUCUAUCAUCGGUAUUGGAGCGGUCGCUGCCGCUGUCAUGUCCUCCCUGGACUCAGCUCUUCUGUCCACCUCAUUGUUGUCUUCAAAUAUUUACAAGAACAUCCUCAGGAAGCAGGCUUCAGACUGUGAGAUGCAGUGGGUGAUCCGUGUCUCAGUGGUGGUGGUGGGUAUGGUUGGCACCGCGCUUUCCUUCCUGGAUAGCAGCGUCCUGGUCUUCUGGCUUGUGGCAGCUGACAUGUCCUACACAAUCAUGUUCCCUCAGCUAGUCUGCAUCCUCUUCUGCAAGGUUUCUAACGGUUAUGGCGCCAGCGUGGGCUACAUGAUUGCAAUAUUCAUAAGGAUCCUGAGCGGUGAGCCCCUCAUCGGCCUGCCACCCGCAAUCAGGUUCCCCGGCUGUCGGCUGGAUGCCGAAGGAGUCUUAACCCAGUACUUUCCCUUCCGCACCACCAUCAUGGUCAUGUCACUUGUGUCCAUUCUGCUGUUCUCCUGGUUGGGGUCCAUCGUUUUCAACAAGGACCUGCUUUCCGAGAAAUGGGAUGUGUUUAGGAUCAAACGCAAGCAGAAACCUUCGGCCAAAGCAAAGGAUGACAAGAGGACCGACUCGGGAAAUAACGACGAGGCCUCCACGGCAAGGGAGCUUCUGGAGACCACAAGCCUCUAA